UAUUUCUCCAAGGCUGGCUAUUAUUUCAAGGAUUUGAAAACAUACCUAGCGGCUUAAUAAGCUAGAUCGAACGUGUAGGUCAUCUUCCGCAAAUAUGCCGAUUAUUCCCGAGCUCAAGCUUCCGGAGGAUGCGAGCGCCCUAGGGCGGUAUACGACAAAUCCCACAGCCCCUUUUUUCAUCACAUUCACCACGUCGGACCAUCCUGAUACGGGAGAGUCAUGGUGCCCAGAUGUCCGAGCCGCACUCCCUCACAUCAUAGCCGCCUUCUUGCCUUCAAGCGCACCCGAAAUGGCCUUCGUCGAAGUAGGGCAGCGGCCUGAGUGGAGAGUCCCUACAAAUGUGUUUCGCACCAAGUGGAACGUCAACAAUGUGCCGACAAUUGUUCGGUAUGAGCUUUCAGAUGGCGAAGUGAAGGAAACGGGUAGACUCGUAGAAGACGAGAUACUGGAUGAGAAGCGACUGAGAGAACUAGUCCGCAAUAAUUCAUGAGUUGUGGACCUAAGCCGCCUGUUCAAGCUUAAAAUGACGAGCCUGUGCCGCUCGCUAACAUCGAUCAGUACUAGUCUACUGAGCCAAUCUCGGCCGCAUUGGCUCCCGUUUGCUGGUGCUAAGGAUCAGGGGCAAACAUGAAUCCUUCGAAAAAUUCUCAGGCAUCG